CGCUCUCUCCACUGAGUGUCCGCGGAGGCGAGAGGAGCUCCUACUGUGCAGUGUUGUACAGCUGGUGUAAUUAAGGUUCUAUACUUAAUGUUUAGACAUUAACAACUAGCUGCAUAAUACUGUCCAGUAGUCGGAAGCCUCCUUGUCAUAUCGAAUACUUUAUACCACACCAUAUUUGUCGGUUGUUUUUAUUUUAUUCAAGUUUUGCCGUAAUCGUCACAGUAUGUCACCCCCUGUUAAGGGAGAUCCGCACGUGUACUUUCUUCAAGUUGCCAACAGACAGUACUAUCACCAACCAUCAAGUGAAUACUCUACUAUGACCACCGACGAUAGCUGUAUGUGUUACUGUAGGAGCAGUCUGACCAGUAAGGUUAUGGUGAUGUUUCCAGAAAGUGUCUGUGUGAUACGUGUGUGUAUCUAGGGAUAUUAUUUUUAGGAUACACACACAUCACAUAGUCCCUCAUAUAACUUGCCCUCUUUUAUAGAUAUUUCUUUUUAACUUGUCUCUUUGUUAUUCUUCUGUACCAUAGCAUAUCGAUACCUUCCUUUGCCGUCUUUUUGCUUCAGUUUUUUUUUCUUCCCCCUUCCCUCCCCUCCUUUUUUUUCUCCUUUCCAAACUUUCAAAUUCAGUUUGCAUCCUUAAUAUUUAACCGCACUCUGCUAUAUUUAUUUAUAUAUUUCAUGCGUAUAAGGUUUCAUGUUUUUUUUGUUAUUUUAUACUGCAUAUUUUCCUGUUCUUGAUAAACACAGUGUUUUACUAAAUCGAAAUAAAUCAAUACCAACUACUGUUUAUAUGUAUUAGAGGCUAGAUUUUUUUCUAGCUCCGUAUUGUAUAUUUAUUUGUGUUGAAGAUUCGUUCAACCUUUCUGUAAAACCAAACAAAGCAUUUAUUAAUAACAUUUCAUUUAUAUUUAUAAAUCGAUUUAGUAAACUAGUUAUAAAUGUGUUUUUGCUUAAUUGUUCACUAUAUUAUAUAAAUAUAUAAAGAAAGAGAGACCGAUGUGAUUUGAUUUCAUUUGUUUUAAGUCUAAUAAACCUAUUUCUAUUUAGUCAUUUUGUGAUGUUUAAAAAGUUGCGUACAAUUGUUAGCCACAUGGCCUACAAAGGUUGUAAAUAAAAGUAUUGUGGUUAUUAGUGAAUGGGUGAAGCACAUUGAUUGUUCCCAGGGGAUCCACGUGUUGUCGGAAUCGUGUUAUAUGGCUUUUGUAUCUUGAUACACGUGAUUAGUUUAUUUGGAUAUCUCGUUAGAUUGUCAAAUAUCUUAGCUUUCCUUACACAUAGUCUAGUUUAACUUUCUUCCUAACAUAUUUUUGCUUAGUUAUAUGUAGGGCGAGUUAAUUUUAUAUUUACGUUCACCAAGUAGAAAGACACUUCAGGUGUCAAAACUUGUUUUUCUUACAAUGACUUCGUUAGUGUCAUUUUUACCCUUUCUUAGACGAUCUGAUCUUAUCACCAUGUCUAUGCUUUUAAUAUUAUUGAUUGGUGUAAUAGCUGGAAUCUCUCAGUCCUCAGCUGGUCAGACUGCUCCUCAAAUGCCAUUCAUUGCUGUCUCAAAUGGAUUAUAUCUCGAUCCGGAGUUGUCAUCUUCCAAUGACCUUCAUUUAAAGCAUAACGUUCAACACAAGUCCAGCAAAGUACCGGAUCUUUCUCAUCCAACAGAGAAACACCAACAAAAUUUCGAUGACUCCAAGUUACCUUCACUUGUGUUCCAACACAUUGUAUCACUGUUCAUCAUUUUGGCUGUUAUUUACCAAAUCAAUUUGGACACACUAAAAUGGAGGAAAUCCACCGUAAUCCCUCUGUUUUUGGCAAUUACAACUCUGACUCUUCUUUCUUAUAUGCCUUACUUCAUCUCUUGGCCCUCAUUGACAUCUGCAAAUCUCGCUCCAGACUUUGCUGCAAUUUUUGCUAUCUUGACUUUGAUUUUGGUCCCAUUGAUAGCUAAGCCAGGGCCCAUACAUCUGUUCAAACUGAUCUGCAUAUUACUACUUUCUGUUGGCCUCUACCAUAUUUUACGUUGCAAAGUCAGACUCUUGUACUGCUUUCUACUCAACUGUUUUAUUUUUCCACUCGAUCCUUUACCAUUACUUGCUGCCUUCAAAGAUAUUCAUUUCAACACCAUUCCUGACUUCAUUGUAUUUGGAGAAUCCCUCUUAAUUGAUACAAUUUCCUUGAUUCUUUACCAUUUCAUGGGUAAUACAUACACCACAGUCCUGAGACCAAGCUCUUUAGGAAACAUUGUUGAGUGUCUGCUAGCUGUUGGAGUUGAAGGAACAGCUACUGGUCUUUUACUUAGCUGCUUAGCAUCCAUUGUUGGCAAUGUCUGCAGACCGUCAACUAUUUACUUCUUAGAAUUUGCAGUCAUUGCCGUUCUGGUUUGCCUCAUCUAUUUCAGUCUGCAACUGUUCCAACUGCCAGCAAUUUUAGGAGUAAUCUUCUGUGGAAUCAGCAUCAAACAGUAUGUUCAAGCUCAUCUUUCAAGAAGAUCACUUACCUCAUCCAAAGGAGCUGUCUCUUUGUCACUGAAGACUGUGUCUUGUGUUUGUGAGGCUCUGGUUCUAUUAUUUCUACUGUCAGUUGAUACACAGGCUCAUUGUUGGAACAGCAUUAUUGUGUUUUUCUGUCUGUUUCUCUGCAUCAACUACACUUCUCUUGGUGGGAUCAAUUUUGUGUGGUGGCCAACUCGAGACACUACCAUCAAACUGAGUAAAUUUGAACAGUUUAUUAUGUUCUACAGUAUACUCCGAGGCCUCUAUACUUUUGGGCUGGUUCUGUUUUUUAGCCAAACUGACUUAACUCAAUCACAAAUGAUGAUUCCUUCCAUCUUGACGUUUACAAUCUUUGUAACUUUUAUAUUGAGUUUGUCUUUUAAGCCCAUGUUAAACAGUAUUAAGAGACCUAAAUCAGAUAUCAUAUCAGUAGAAAAAACUGAAAACCAUCUGAUGAAACACAUAUUUAUUGGUAUUAAGGCAGCUGUUGAAUAUUUUGAAUACCAUGUUCUCAGGGAAGGGUUUCAUCAGUAUAACAGUAAACUUUUACAAAAUAUCCUGAUGCGGGACCAUGAUUUACCUACUCCAUCUGAACGCAGGUUGCGCUUAUUGCAACUUGUGCGCAAAUUAAACUUGCGUACGUGGUUACAACAUGUUACAACUUAUGGUGGAGCAAAUAGCAGUCCAAGUAGUAGUGCACCCUCUGCAGCAGCUGCAGCCAUUGGUGCAUUUACAUGUGCUCAAGCAUCCCUGGCAAUUAAACCUAGUGGAGGAAGCCUUCCUUCUCAACCACGAAGGGUUAUAACUCAAAAUUCCAGUAGUGCUACUUCAUCAAACUCAAAGCUCUCAGCUCAGAAGAAAUCACUCUACCGCAAAGUCCUUUCCAGUUCAGCAACGGAUUGCCAGUCUCUAAAACCGAGACACCUGAGCCUUUCCAAUGUUCGCCAACUUAGAUUGAUACAGCAGUUGGUUUCUUCUUCUAUGAUGUUUCUUGUAGAUAGUUGCUUUCCAAGGUUACCAUCUACUGUAGACCAGGAGAGGUGUUGUGGGGAGGACUCUGGUGUUAUAUUUGAUGAUCACUCAGAUGAAGAAGACAGUAGUCACUUAACUUCAUCCUCAGCUAUUGGAGCUUGCUGUGGUUCAACCUCUUGCACAGAAGGUACUAAGUUUGAAGAUGAUUGUCGCAUCCAUCAUAUCUUAGAUCACAGUUCCUACCACCCACGGCACAAGUGGUCCAAGCUUCAAAAGAACUCUGCUGCUUCAAGGCAGUCAAAUUAUGCAAUUUUUCACCAGGAACUUUGUACACAACUAGAGAAGCUGUGUUCUAAUCAUUCCCCUUGUAAAGAUGAUGGCAGAGAGGAAGUUGAAAUUGAAGAAGACAGAAUUAUCAAUCAGCAGGCAGUUGUAGAAUCCUCCGAAGCUGGCCAAACUGAGAAAUUUUUGAAGAACCUGAACGAUGAAACAGAUGAUGCUCCCAGGAACUACCUCCUCGCAACUCCCAAACAGCUUCAGAACUGCUCUGCUGAAGUUUCUGGUGAGGAGGGAGAAAAAUGGGAACAGCUGAACAUUUCAACAAAAUCCUGUGAAAAUGCUGAAAAUGACAUGGAAUAUACCAAAGAUUCUUUAGGUUUUCGCUACAAGCCUCCCCUUCCUGAAGAGAGGUGUUUUUCACCAUCUCCUGUUGUGGCUGGAGAAACUAUUGCUGAGAAAACUUUACCAUGGAGGUGUUCUGAAAAAGUUACAGAGGUAAACCCUGAACAGGGUGAGGAAGAAACACUUCAAACUUUGGCUGAAACUAGUUUACCAUGGAAACGACAGUCAGUCCAAGAGCCUCUGGCGGGUAGGUUGGUUAUGAACGUUGGUGAAGAUGAACCUCAGGCUGCUGAGUUUCCAUCUUGGGUGAACAACUUCCUAUAUCAUCGCCUUAAAGAGACUGGUUCACCAUACCUAUCACCUGAGGAUACUCUGACUAUGGGUCAAAACAAUCUAGCUAGACCUUCUAUCUUUUCAGUUUUCCCAAACAAACAGAGUCAUGAAGAAGAAGCAGCUAAAAGUCCUUUCUUGCCAGCUCAUUCUGCUGCUGCUGAACAAGAAUCACAGCAGGUUUCUUUACCUCCUCCUUGGGAAAGCCAUAAUGGUACUGAGUGUGAACCACUCACUUCUCCACAUGCUACCAACACCAAUAUUGGUGACAAAGUGUGCAGUACAGAAUCAAUGCAUCGCCUGCAACCGCCCACUCAUCACAUCAUCAUACCCCUAACUCCUGGAAAUACAAAUGAAAGCAUCUCAGAUUUGGAGUCUGCUGCUGCUGUUGAUCGUGCAGCGCUACGAUCUCCAGCUUCUGCUCCCAAUUUCUCGACCCACUGGCAAAUGUUACACCCCAAUCUGCGUGACCGUAGACAUUCCACAUCACUCACAGAAGAGCAAGUGUAUGAAGAAGAUUGCUUGCAACGCGUGCAGAACUGGUUGGACAAUGUAGAACCUGGCUACAACCCGGUUGAUCUCGAUUAUUUGGAGCCUGAUGCUGAACCAUUUUUUUUACUUCAUGACGAUGACUUGGAUGAAACUUACGAUGCUGACUUGGAAGAUGAGUGUUUGGAGGAGACUAUUGUCUAACAAUAAAAUUCUAUACUAAU